UUGGUUCAGAACUCCUGUGCCAAAAACCUGUACAACGCGGUGCGAGCGCGUUUUUUUAGGGUUUUCUUUGCAUGUUACCAGCCGGGGUCGCCCCAAACGUCGCGUCUCUUUGAACUUGUUCGCGGUAUCAAACCCCGGGUUGCCACGUGUAGUGUAGAGUCUUUGUACGUCUGGUACAUGCAUGGUGAAGCAUUUCGAUGCUAGUGAAUGAACCCGGGUUGGUUGAGAUCCAGGCAGUGAGAUGUGGGACUUGAAGAAACGAAAACAGUGAAAUUGUAAUGAGUUUACGCUGGGCCAGUGCUACUGCAGAUGAAUUGCUAUAUAUAGGGUGUGUGCUGACCACGACCCAUCGGUUGAUCGUCGGUCCAGCAGGAAGACCAGCAGCGCAAAUAUAUAUGCAAAAUUGAAUGUUUAAUGUAGUGGAAAGACAGUGGGUUGUUUUUCUGCUCUCUACCGAUAACCGCGAUAUGUGGUGAAGUCAUCGAGUGUGGAAAUUCACUCGUAGGCUGAGGCUUCGUAAGAUAACGUUAGGAAAUUUGCUUGAUUAAGGCGUGAAUAAAGGAAUUAUUCGUGUGUCGAAAACAGGUGUGAUUAAAACGGAAUUGUGUUAUAUAAAAAAUAUACUGAAAGCGGCUGGAUUAUUUGCACAAGCAAAUACAACUCAUUAAGAUCGUGCAUGAACAAGCAGCCAGGAUUUACGAAAGGAAAUUGAUGAUCGAUGUUCCGUAUAGUAUAACAAAUUUAGUAUAUGCCAGACCAAUUUCACUUUCGAAUGGCAACGCAAGUGUGUAAGUGUGUGUGAAUGUAUGUAUGUAUGUACAUAACCUAUAGAGCGUCGUUAAAUAACAGUAAUCGAAACAUUUCCAGUGAAAAGUCCGCAGCCGAAAAACAAUUAAAUAAACAUCAAAGCGCGUGGAGAGCUCUACGAGCUUGCAAACGAGAAUUGCCCCGGCGUUGCUUCUGGUAAGCGGAAUGGAUCACCGACCGGUAAAGUGAAAUUGAUGUUGAAUUGAAAAUGAUAAUCAUUUGAGCACUGGAAUAAAGAAGAAAAAUUAAUUCGCAACAACCGUGGUUUGCGUGCUGGAAGCAGAGCGCGUUGGUUUAAUGAAUUUUCCUGGUUUUGGGAACAAAAACCAGAAGAGGUGAGAAAUUUUAUUCAAUUCGACCAUGUGAGACCAGUAAACGGCAAGGCCAAAGGUAUUGUAUUCAAAAUUGAAACUUACAUUGGAUGGCAAAGUCAGUAUCAGUUGGCAAACUAAAAUUGAAAACUGAUAUCAUCAGCUGAAAUCGAAUCGAACGUGGUAUCGGUGAAAAACGGGUUGCUGUACUUUUUUGUGGCAUUUGCACUCCUAUUACCGAAAGCUAUGUAAUUGAUGUUGAUUGUGUCACGAGUACGAGUAUUGUGCAACUCGGGAGAGAUUUGGGUCAGUACUCUAUAUAGUCAUACAUCGUAGAAAGCUAGUGGUAACAAAAACAGUAGUGAAGUGUAAUUUACGUACAGACUGAUGAACAUCACCGUGAACUGACGGAUAUUCGGGAGCCAAAGUGUGCACCGGAUACAGCUUUUAUUCGCGUACAUAAAAAAGUUGAAGCGAUUGAGCUGCUGGAAAUGACCACAGUAAUACCUUACCAGAUCGGACGGGAGCCAACAUUGAGUGGAGCUGGUGGUACAUAAUCGAGGCGGCGCAAACCAGGUCUGCAACAGUGCUACAGUUUUUGUGUGUAUUCUGCGAGUCAUUGACAGUGACACAAUGGGUGAUGCACAAUCGAAAUGGAUCGACAGUUAUCUGGUGCAAUGUCACGAUGCUUUUAUUUGAUAAGAUAACUAGAACAAACUCCUGCAAUGAUGACGGUCAUAUGUUAUAAGAAUCUCUCAACAAUCUGCGUUCGGUGAGCCGAACUGCGUCAGCAGCAACAGCAGCAGCUGUGACGGUACGGUGCAAUGGUACUGUACGAGAGGACAACGAUCGACAGCUUCGUGUCACGGUACACGGCUGUCACCACGUCACCGGGCACCGGCGGCACGACGGGCACGGUUGAGGAUUUAUUUUUCAACAUCACCCCCACGACGGUGGUCAGUACGGUCGCCGCCGCCGCUGAAAAUGUCACGGACGACGGUGCUGAAACCGAACCCACCUACUCGCUGGUACAAAUAAUCAUCCUGGGCAUUAUCGCCACCGUGCUGAGUAUCCUGACGGUGGCUGGCAACGUGAUGGUGAUGAUCUCGUUUAAGAUCGACAAACAACUGCAAACAAUCAGCAACUAUUUUUUAUUCUCGCUCGCAAUUGCGGAUUUUGCGAUCGGACUGAUAUCGAUGCCGUUAUUCUCGGUUACGACCUUGCUAGGUUACUGGCCUUUGGGGCCCCACAUAUGCGACACGUGGCUGGCCCUCGACUACCUGGCGUCGAAUGCGUCCGUGUUGAAUUUGCUCAUCAUUAGCUUUGAUAGGUACUUUAGUGUAACUAGGCCUCUAACAUAUCGAGCAAAGCGAACAACGACCCGAGCAGCGAUUAUGAUAGGAGCCGCGUGGGGCAUCAGCUUACUGCUGUGGCCACCGUGGAUCUACAGCUGGCCCUACAUCGAGGGCAAACGGACAGUACCGGAGAAGGAAUGCUACAUUCAGUUCAUCGAGACCAAUCACUAUAUUACCUUCGGUACGGCGAUAGCAGCCUUCUACGUGCCAGUGACGGUGAUGUGUUUUCUGUACUACCGGAUAUGGAGGGAGACGAAAAAACGGCAGAAGGAUCUGAAAAACCUCACCGGAGACCGGAAAAAAGAUUCCUCCAAGCGGUCCAACUCGAGUGACGAAAACACGGCGGUUAAUCAUUCGGGUGCGAUAGCGCAACUGGCCAACGCCGAAUCGGACGGUUGGCGGAGGCCUCGAAGCGAAUCGUCUGCCGACGCGGAAAGUGUUUACAUGACCAACGCCGUCAUUUCGGACUCCGGAUACGGCCACGGAAUGCUGUCGCGGCGCUCUAGUAUCACCACCAACGGAAUGCCGAGAAAGCCGACGACAUUUUUCGGUGGCAUUAAAGAGUGGUGCAUCGCGUGGUGGCAUUCGGGCCGCGAUGACUCCGAUGAUUAUGUGUACGAAGUCGAGGAACCGUCGGAUCUAGGGUAUGCAACACCUGUAUCCAUAGAAACUCCCUUACCAAGCUCAGUCACCAGAUGCACAUCGUUGAAUGUCAUUCGAGAUCCCUACGCGACGACGGGUCGGGGAAAUGUGGUCAGUAUGAUACCGGACAUCUCUCCGACACCGAUGAGGCCCACUCUGCCACCAAUGUCACACCUGCAGGAUAUGCAUGGACCAAGAGAUUCACGCUCACUACCCAACAGCAAUCGGCUAGGUUCACGAUCGGUUAGCCAGGACUCGGUGUAUACAAUUUUGAUUCGAUUACCGCCGGAGGGUGGAUCGGGUGACGAGCGGGCCCCAUCGAUAAAGAUGAUCCAGGACGAUGUACCGAUGUCGAUGACGGUUCCACCGAGAAGACCAUUGCCAUCGCGAGACUCGGACUACAUUAUUCCAGUUGGAAGAAGACAAUCGACAGCGACGACGGACAUUCGGCUUCCGCUAACGACGAAAAUCAUACCGAAGCCGUUAUCGAAGCAGCAGCAAAUCCACCAGGCCAACUUGCAGCAAACAGCUCGCCAGGUGAAGAAGAAAAAGAAAUCUCAGGAAAAGCGGCAGGAAACGAAAGCGGCCAAAACGCUGUCGGCCAUCUUGCUUAGCUUCAUCAUCACGUGGACCCCGUACAACAUUCUGGUGUUGUUGAAGCCACUGACGGCUUGCACUAAGUGUAUACCGCAGGAAUUGUGGGACUUUUUCUACGCCCUCUGCUACAUCAACUCGACCAUCAAUCCGGUGUGCUACGCACUGUGUAAUGCGUCCUUCCGACGGACUUACGUGAGGAUUUUGACUUGCAAGUGGCACACCCGAAAUCGGGAAGCAAUGACGCGAGGCGUUUAUAAUUAGGUUUGCUUGGUUCGUGCUCUCGGUACGCCUCGGUGAGUAGUUUUUUUUUAUUCAAAUGUUAGGCGAGGGUGUUGCUUGCUUGUUCAGUAUAGAUCUGCCAGAGAGAGAGAGAGAGAGGGUGAUGUAAUUGAAUAUUCAGCAUCACGGUAAUUUUAGAACCUUCAUUCGUUUUUUCCCUCUUCAUUUAUCGUUGUGAAAAGUGAAAAACUCCCAUCAUUGAUCAUUGAUUCAUAACAUCCGCGGGCUCGGAGGCAGACCCACGUCCUUUCGCCCGCUGGAGUGCAGCCACUCGGUAAAUAGUUUAUGUGCUCCAUUUUGUGCGCGCGAGGUUCGAUUUUCGGAAGGAGCAAAGUGCCGUCACUAAUUGCUUCGUACGAAACACUCUCCAUUUUGGUUCCACCCAGCGUUGCCAGGUCAUUUUUUUACAAAUCUGGAAAAGGCAAAAAAAAAAAUCUGGAAAAAAUCUGGAAGUCAUUUCGUGGGGUGAAAGGUAAAUUCUUCGGAUAAAAGUCUUGGGGUACGUAUGACUUGAGGUGACAAAAUUGCAAAAUUUCGCGCCAAAUUUGAAAUGAUGACCUUUUUGCGGAACAGAGAAAAUAAAAUCUGGAUAAAAUCUGGAUCAUUCAUGAAAAAUCUGGAUAAUUGGACAUCAAAUCUGUCUACCUGGAUACAUGUUCAAAAAUCUGGAUAAUCCAGCUUAAUCUGGAUACCUGGCAACGCUGGUUCCACCGCCGCCCGGGCGGUGCCUGUCUAGUGAGUGCUCCGAGUAGAAGCCAUUUUACAGCCUGGUCUGCGUUAUUCGCAGCUGCCGAUGACAGGCCAUUGUCAAUGAAUCAUGAAUAUUGAAUAAAAUUUGUGAAUGGCGAAAUGGUGACUGCCUGCGUGGUCGUUCGUAAUGGUGGUGCGUUCCGAGAAUCGGUAUGCGCCGAAGGGAGUUUUGCUAUCCUGUCCCAAUGCGUCGGUAUGAAUGAUGCAUUCCGAACGUCCGAAGACUUCGGUUGCUCCAGUGCUAAUUGAUGCGUGAAUUAGCAAGGACGACCGGCCGAAUUGAUGGAUGGUGUCCGGCAAAUGAGCAUUCCGGUCAAUGGAAUAUGGAUAGCUAGUAAGAUGAUGCUGUGCCAUACUCAUUAGCAGUGAGUGACAUAAAAAAUAGGUGCAGUGUUUGCAUUAUUUGGAAUUAAUUUGAUUAAAAAAUUCUCUAUCUGUCUGUUACUAACAGAUUCCGGAAUCAAAUUACUACUUACUUUUCUAACUGAUCCGGGAAAUUUGUACGAUAAAUGUAAUGCACAGGAUGAGCGAUACAUAGAGCAUUUCCAACUUUAAAAUUGUCAUAAAUUGUCGACAACAUUGACGUAGAGCUACGUCUCAAAAUAGACUUUUCAUCGUUUAACAAAAUGUUGGUUGCUAUUUUUCACAACAUUGCUGCUUGCUAUUGUUAUUGUCAACUCAAUGUACCUUUUUUCGUCGGUUUCAUUUGCAACGAAGAAUUGUUUACUAAAGUAUGUUAGUUGAUGCCGAAAUUUGUUGUUGAAACCUGCACACACAUUCUGGUAAAAAAUGCGCAAAUAUAAAUAGAUUCUAAAGAAAGUUCGCAAGCUAUGCAAAAAGUAACAACAAAUAUUUGCAAAUUGAAAAAACAAUCGCCCACGAACUCAGAAAAUCUGCAUUCCACAGAUGAAUCUGUAAAUCUGGUAUCUCUGUUUUUUACUACCUUCGAGUUGUUCUACCGUUUGCAGUUUUUUCCCUCUCUGAGUUUUUGGUUUGCGAUACAAUCUGACGAUUAUCGGGACACUCUCACUUACAAAAUGAUUCAAACCUAAGAUUUUCGUUUCACGACUUGAUCGGUUCGGAAGACGUAAUGAAUUACCGAUAUGAGCCGAUGAGGGAGUCGAAACAGCGUAUGAACAAACGACGAGAAACUCGCAUACAGUUAACAGGCUAUGAAGUUCACGGAGUAUUCUUUCGAAAAUUUAUCUGCCACAGAAGUUCUCUUCUCGAGAGACAAUAUAAAACAUCACGUGUUAUGCGUGAUCAGAAUUCAAUAGGAUUUUCUCAUGAUAAUUAUCUGAUACGAUUUUGACCAUCCUUGGUUACGUUAACCUGUGCGACAUAUUCCGCAAAAAAACAAAAUUCUAGCUUCUCUAGCAACCAUAUCCUUCAUAUGCUGUUUCUGGCAGUACGGCGCGAGACAACUGUCAACUGAGUUCGAAAGAAAAAAGCACAUCAGUGCCACCUCCGCUGCGGCCGCAAUAUCCCCCAUAACUCAUGAUUGCUAAUUAUUGUCAUUCGCACAAUGCUACACUGCCCAUGGUUCAGAAAUUGGCUAAUAUGCCAUAAGCAUCAAAUCGAGAAAAACGCAUUUUAAAUUUUUUGUCGGUACAACAUAUUUUGAGUGUUCAUGACAACUUUUUUAUUGAGUAUAUCACCCUUCAUAUAUGCUGGAACCUUGCCGUUGAGUUGAAACAGAGAACUCUGCAGGAAAAUACCACCCGCCACGUAUUUUUAGCGCAGUAGCCGUUUUUUUCAAUUAUAAACGAAAGGUCAGUUGACAAAUCGGUGUGCAAUUUGGCUAAUAUCCAUACGAUGUGAAUUAUAUCGUGCUCGUUGGUGAUUAAAAUGGUUUUGAAUUUAAUAAGACAAUACGGAAGCACAAGUGAGGACGAGAAGGACGACGAGACAAUUGUUUCGUGCAGCAAUAUAACAAUAUAACGAAAAUAUUAUCAUUCAUAAUAAUCUCACAAUCCGCUUUCCUGUUUUUUCUCAUCACAUCCAAAAUGAAAUUUAAAUCUUUUCUUUAAAAUUACUUCUGAUCAAAGAGCUAAAUAGCAUUUUCAAGAAUGUAAAGAUUUAUGACAGAACAAAACAGUCACACGUUUUGAUCAUUGAGUUUCGCAGUAAAGCAAAAAAAUUUAUGUUGCAUCAUAUAUUCUUCGUAAAAAUAGUAAAAUUCUAUGUAAGGGCCUUACGAUCGCUUACCUGUCGCCAGUAACCACCAGACUACAACACACUUUCAAAAGUUAGACGAAACAAAGUACAGUAAUAAUACUAGCAGCAGCAGUAAUAAUAUUAGCCAAAAUUGUUUCACAUUUGCUGCCUUACCAAAUGCAUUUUUUGACAAUUGGCUUCCAUUGGGACCUUGUUUAGGGUGUUUACCAUCACGAGAAACUGUUUUCUCGAUUUUGGUAAAAAUGGCAUAUUAGCCAAUUUUUGAAUUAUGGGCAGUACAGUCGAGAUAUCGAAGCGGCCGGAGAUCGGCACAAAAGAGAAUCGUUAACCAUCCGUGUUGGUCAAACGAUUCUCUCAAAUAGAGAAGUGUACAGUUGAACGCUGCUGUCGCAGUCUGCAAGAGAGGCAACAAUUCUUUUCGAUAUGGUGUCAUACAAAAAUGUCAACUGUUCGACACACUGGUUCUGCCGUUGCUAUUUAUUGCAUCGCACAGUGGUCUGAAAUUGCAUAAAGUCGGAAAAAAGUAAAUUUUUCAACCUAAUGCAUCGAGCAAGCCGUCUUCGGGAAUCAUUUCAGCUGGUUUUAGACUAGUGAAAAAUCAUCAUAAUGUUCGGAUAAUUAAUGUUGUCAUACAUUUAACUGAAUUGAGGAAGUAGGCUUCUUCUGCACUCACGACUUCUCCAUUUUCACGUUGUUUACCCAGGUGAUUUAUUACAGAAUGCAGAAGAAGUCAUGAAUGUUACAAUAAUGUCGAAAUGAUUAUAUGACCUUACUUUAGUAUUCUAACAACUUCAGAUAUCCUUUUUAUAGUUGUUUCAUGGAAAUAAUCUCUCCACAAAAUAAGUAUAAUAAAAUACUUGUCACUCCAACUUUAUGUAGAUUUUUAAAUGGUAUCCACGCCUUUACCCGCGCUCAUUCAAAAACUAGAAUGUUGCCUCGUGUUCAUAGAGACAGGAACAACAAAGUUUUCUGGGCAAUUUACGCCGAAACGUUCACAAUAUUAGAAACAAAAACGACCGUGCGACGCGCAAGCGGCCAUUUUUUAGCAAGCAAAGUUAGCUUGGGGCGCCACUCAUAAAAUUAAAACUCAAACUAACUACACAUUAAUAGCCGUUACGCAUACCUAAACUUUGUUAGAUUUAUCUGGCUCGUAAAAAUCGAGAUUUUUCGGGGUUUGCUUCUUUGACAUGCUAUAGGUAGCCGUAAAUCAUGUUUUUUUAAGAUUAAUUGCUAAAUUUCUCAAAAAAUACAUCAUGUACCAAUUUCAUAUCCAAGGAAGAGUUUCUCAAAAUACCAUUCUCUACAAACUUCCUUUAGACAUUAUCCUUCUAUUUUGCUUCCAUGAGAAAUUAGCGACAGCGCCGCCCUAUCGGUGGAAUUUUUAACUACCUAACCAUUAUCAAAAGUUGGCCAAAAGUUUCAGGAUCAAUAUUCGAGAAGACAUCGUUAAUCUAGGAGGCAACCCUAAGUAGUUAUUAAUUUCGCCCUGAUUUCAGUACUUUCCGACCACUGUGCAUCGAUAGCUUCAGAAGAUUGGUAAUGAAAAUUGCUCAAUGAGCGCAAUAAAAUUUAUAUUGCUGCCUUGGAUAACUAAUUUUCAAACACAAUUUAGUAAGAAUGUAGAAACUUUGUAUCAGCAAAUUUCGUAAUUAUAAAACGAGACCAAGACACUUUUAAAACGUUCAAACGUCUCUGAGCAAUCCAAUUCAAAGCAACAUUAUUCGCAAACUACCGAUGCAGUAGUUCGUUACUCUAGUAGAAGACGACUACCAACAGAUAUAUAACCUUCGCCAUUGCGAAUGCUGAGAAAUUGAUUCACUGAACCAAACGUGACCAGCAUUCUUCGUAAACAAUAUUAAAAAUUCUCGAUAACUCCAGUGGGGACGUUUACUUCCAGUCCGCAGAACUACUGCUAAACGAAGUUUAGAUAUCUUUUCCGGGUUAUGAAUAUAUUAAGCUCAUGUCAGCUUAGAACCAGCAGAUUCUCGGCUUUAUGUAAUGAAACUUUUCGUGCACGUACACGUUUGAUUAAAUCGAAAACUUCAGCGGGAUCAGUAAACACUGCCAGAAGGUUAAAACAUUCCAAUCAGUUUCGUGCUCGAAAUGUUUCUCUCCCAAUGUAAAUAUGAAAAUUAAUCCCUAGGUGGCUUUAAAUAACUUGAUUAGAAAUGUUCAACAAGGUCAUCGCAACACGAGGCCAGUCCGUCUGCUGUCGUGGCGGUAAAUAUUUGCUGCUGUCGUACCAUAAUGUCACUCCAGUUUACGGUGUAAACAGAACGAAGAAAUAUGGAAGCACAAGAUGUACGACCCCUUGCCGGAUCCGAUUCUUCAAGGCAAGGAAGGUGCAGAAGUUGAAAUCACUUUUCUUCAUUUCGCUAACGGUCCCAUUCUUCUGCUUGAGUUAACCACGCACCAGCGCACCGGCCGGUCCGAUCCGGAGUCCUGUUGUGCCGCUUCCACACAUGACCUGUCAGAAGGAGUGAAUUACUUGAGCAGCGAUUCUCGGACUUGCGGACACACCGUCAGCAUGGCCAACAGGAAAAAAGAAGAAGAAGAAAACAGAAAGACAGCUACUUGAGCAACAAACGUAGGAAAAAGCUUUUUCUCCCUUUGCGUCCUUUCCUCCCCCACCAGUGCACUCAAGUGCAAACUGAGCUGUGCUUGGAGUGAAGCAACAUUUUCCUCCUGCUGGCUUCCGUUGGUUCUCGACGAUUUCCUGCCAUUCCGGUUCAUUUUUCUGCAGCAUUAGGAAUAGCGAGAAUGCGGAAGUGGGGAAAUGGUAAUCACUUUUCGUUAACACUGGGCGAAAGCAAACGCGCUGCUGCGGAUUUAAAGCUCUAUAUCCAUUGCAUUGUCGAGGAUGUGUUUUUGCUUCGAAGUAGGUAGAGGAAAACUGAGUGUAGCUGAAGUCUUUGUGAUGCUCUGUUUUUCGCGAGUUAAUUAGGAUUGAAAAAAUUAAGAAUCCUAAGCCAGCCGUUUCAGAUCGGUAGUCGGCGGUGAAUUUCAAUAGCAAAUAACCGAACUGGGCUGUGGGUUUUGGUGGCCACACAAGCCCACUGGUAAAACGUGAAAUAUUUCGGUACUAGCCGGAGUAGCCGCUUGGUUGCCGCAACUACUCAUUUAAUUAACAUUGAAUUAAGAUUAAUAGCAACGAAUUUCGUGAAUCAUACUGAGCGUUGAGAUUUAUAAUAUGCUCAUACGCUUUGGAUGAGAACUAUUUAAUGACUAAUAAGGGUGUAGUUUGGUUGACUUAUUCUACACAACACAGCAUAUUCUAGCGAAACAUUUGCCAUUAUGGCUUCUAAAUAGAAUAUUGACAGAAUCCGCAUUGUCCGCUAACAUACGUGAGCUGAACCUUAUGGGAACGCACAAUCACAUAGAAUGUAUAUUUAUGAGUCAACGAUUGCAUUAAGAAUUAGCCCUGCUACUGUAAUUGUAUUAGUAUUAUUUUGCAGUCAAAAUUUGUGUGCACUAUAAAACCAGAAAUUCAUUGCUAAUGUAUCCAUUUAGAGAGAUUCUCCAUCAUUCUUGUUAUACGCCUCAUACACAGUUUGACAAUGUGCAUCCCAAACAUGUCUCCAAACAAUGGUAAAAUAAUAAAUCAGUAUGACAUUUAUUUAUCGUUGUUAUCAAAAAAUGCCGUAAGCAUGUUUUGUUAUAACAAAUGUCAUUAUCAAAUCUUUCCAAGCAAGACAGAAAUGCAUUCGGCUAUGUGGGACACGACUCCCAGCCUGCGGAACAACCUUCACUGGACUUAGCAGUGGAACAACAUUCACUUAAAAUCACACACAAAAGGGGACGUAAACUGCAAAAAUGCAAAUACAAACAGUUAAAAACGCGUUAAAAACACAUAAGAAAACAAAACGUGACGUGUGUCCCGUACCGAGAUUGAGGCCAAACUCAUUCAUCCCGAGAUAGCUGCCUCCUCCAGUGUUGUCACGUUUUCCCAAAAACGAAACCCACCGAGACGCCGAAGUUAGCAUUCAGCACAUCACUUUUUUACAGCUAGAGGGAAAUAUCGGCUAUCUAACCUUAAACAUUGAUUUACAAAUUCGACAAAACAAUAACUACACCUAUCUAUCGCCAUCAAGUAUAUCAUUUACAAACGAAAAAACGAAUAAAAAUGAACAAAUAUAAGUAAAAGAUAUUCAGCAAACAGUGGUGAGCAGUUGUCGCGUUAGGUACACGCUCUUACAGCAGUACCCAAGUUGUUGUUUUUACUUGUACACGAUCAAGCAGUGUUACACAGAAUCAAGGAAAUUUUUCACUCGAUGCUAGAAUUACGACUGCAUAGGUUACAGACUAUGCCUUCCAAGAGGUUUGGCAAAACUUUCUGCGAAAUUUUUGGCACUGUUGCAGAGCAGAGCGCAUGUUCUUGGAACUGCCAUUCGAUUAAGCUUUUUCCUUUUUGACAUGCCUUUUAAUUCAAGCCCAAUAUCUGUCAAUGAGCCGCUGUUCUGGGAAGUGAGCUUUGCAUUUUUGAAGGUUAUUGACUUUUCACUUCUGAGCAGCAAAUAGCUCGCUAUAUCAAUACCUUCUUUCAAAACUUUUCGUGUUAAAAAAUGCGGACUCCCGGCAGUGUACUUGUAUCCAAUUUGACGUACGUUUCAUCGUUUAUCAAAACGCAUCAAUCUGAACUUCACCGGGAAAAGUUAACAGGAUCCGUGACCUUUUUUAUGAGGAAAUUUGUUGGCUUUAAAUAACUUCUCCUAGAUGCUCAUUGUUAGGGAUACCAUCCGUCCUGAUUUAGCAGGACAUGUCCUGAUUUUGAGAUACUAUUUGAGCGUUCUGAUUUAUUUUUCAUAUUCUGGCAUUUGUUCUGAUUUUGAUAGUCAAUUUUUUUAGUGUAACUUCUACGAUUUCGGUUGUGUUCCGAAACAAACGAAGAAAUUCUAUAGAGGAAUCUUCUAGGUGUUGAAAUAAAUAGACAUCUAGGAAUUGUGAAGUGAUCACAAUAGAUCAAAUGUCUCUGGUCGCAAUGAUGUGUCCACACAGAGAAAAAAAUUGUGAAGUGACGAGACAGUUCCUCGUCUCAACAAAAUGUCCCGCUGAAAAAUACGUCCCGCGAAACGUGUUACACGCCUUUGAAAUGCCCCUCAGUCACGAAAAAAUUGAACCAUCCGAUGUCAUAUUUUUUCACUGCGACAGUGUGCCUCUUAGACAAUCAUUCUACUCAUUUAUCUGCCUCUCCACAUAAAUAAUAGUUAAAUCCAUGAAGCGUAGAUCCAAUAAAAGGCAAAUCAUUGGUACAUACAUUACGCUGUCGAAACUUGACCUUUUUGUUUAUUAGAUACAGAUUUUGCGGACAACUAUUAGCAUACAGACAUACAGAACAAUUGUGGGGCUAGCUCUCUGAUUUUAUAAUAACUGUUGCUCCUAGGGUGCGUUGUGAAGCGAUCACAACUGGCUUGUUAGGCCAGCAUCGUGCCUUGAGGGGGUCUUAGGUUUAGAUCAAAUUUGUACUACCUCCGACCAGAUGGUAUCCCAACUCAUUGUUUCUUGCAGGUUCGAAUAUUAUGACGCUUUUUGAUAUUUUGCACAGUUUCGAUAUUUAUUUAUUUUUUUGAAGAGACGCACUGCUAUUACCUUCUCUUUACAGUCGCUGGACCUUUUCUGCGUUGGGCGUUCGUAAGGCUCUCAACCUUCCUGGCCACGCGGCCUCCUAUGCAAUUCACUGAGAGCUUUGCGGCCCUUCAAAAGAAUUUCAGAUAUAACAUUGGCAAUUAGAGGCUGCGUUGAGCGGGGGCCUAGUGUGGUUGGUAACGUCUCCGCCAACCACGCUCGACGCCUGGGUUCGAAUCCCACCGCCGACAUAGGUGUCGAUGGUUGUGAGGUGGCGUGAUCCACUCACAACCAACCCAACUGGUCUAGAUUCAAUCCUAGCCGACACCGGGAGAUUUUCUGAGGCGAAAAAUCUCUGGGAUCACGCCUUCCAUCGCAUGAGGAAGUAAAGCCGUUGGCGCCGGUCCGUUAAUUAACGGGUCGUGAGUUAGGGUCCUGGGUGUGGAGUCGCCUCCCUGGGCGUCGGUGAUUGGCCACAACAGUGGCGGAACUAGACCGACGGAAAAUAAGCGAGAAUAAAAAAAAAUUAGAGGCUGCGUUUUUUUAGUUUUACAUUGUCCUGCAAAUCCAAUUUGUUUCACAUUCUGGUCCUAAUACGCAGAAGAGUUGAAAAUCUGCUUUCACAGAGAUAUCUAGAAAGACACUUUGAUUACCUGUCAAAUUUACCAAGAGCUCCCCGGCCCCUUUGAUGAGCCAGCUGUCAAGCGUCGCAUGUAACAGUUUAAUUAGUUUUGUUGGAAAACCAUGUUCAAUCAUUAUUUGCCACAGCUCGUUGCGUUUCAUUGUAUCGUGCGCCGCUUAGAAGUCAAUAAACAGAUGAUGUAUCUGCAAGUUGUAUUCUUGAAACUUGUCGAGGAUCUGUCUCAAGGUAAUCAUCUGGUCUGUUGAAGAUCCUCCCACCUGAAAAUCGCAUUGAUAUUCUCCAACAAAGGCUUGCUGUAACGGCCUCAGUCGCUGGGAUACGGGAGAGAAUUUUAUAAGCGAAAACAAAAAAAAAUACUAUUGAGCUUGAUAAAUUUCCAAUGAAGGCAAUCAUGUUAACUUACUUGCAAAACCACAUCGAUAUUCAUCUGCUCCAUCGAACGAUCGCUUCGAUAAGUGGGCCAACACCAGAUCCGGCCAGAAUAGGUCCGUCCUUAUGGUAUUUUUUGAUGAACGAUGCAACUUCCGGUAAGCAUUUCGUACUAUUAAUUCCUUCCUUCAUGACCAGUCCGGAGUUGAAGAACAGCGACUUCGAUAUGCCCUUCCCACUGAUAGUCAGCCACAGCAGCACCUUCUUGGGAAACUUGGGGUGUGAAACGAACUUUACCUCGGAGCUCACUUCCUCCGUGGGGGAAGUAAAACACGAAAUGCCCGGCCAGUCGUUGCCAUCCAAGGUGAGAUAGGUCUCGUGGUCCAUCACCACCGCCACGUCGCGACUCGUCGGAAAAAUCGACUUCACCAUCUUGCAGUCAUUGCCUGAAGCUCCGAGACCAGUGGACGGGACUGCCGCUUUCUGGCAUGUAUUCAUGUCCAUGUUCAUGAUAACCAGGUAGUUAUUCAGUGUUUGACCGGUUUCACCGAUUAGGUGCAUGCAGCGAUGUAGCCACUUUUCCCUCGGUCUUCCUCUUCAGCAUUCUUUGGAGCUUUUUGUCGCUCAGGGUCAUCGGCCGUCUGGCACCGGGCUUACUUUCGAUGCUCUGACUGUUGUCUAAUAGUGCCUAGAGGUUGUAGAUGCCGAAACGGAUGUAUUCGUUUUUUGAACGCGCACAUUUUUGAACGGAGUAGCUGAGUAGCACGGUUAGAAUUAGACUGAUAGAGCUGUCAAACUUUUCUGCUGACUCAUGGGUUACUAUGAUUGAUGCUGCAUGGGUAGUUUCGUCAGCGCGUGUGAAGGUAAACCCAUGAAACCAUAAAACCACAAAAGAUCAAAACAAUUGUCGCAGUGGUCCAAAUCUUACAAGAAAAAGAACAAGAAGAAUUGGCGAUUUUUAUUCAUUUUUUCAAUGCAAAUGUUAACUUUAAUAAAAAAAACCUUCUAAUUCAUGGCAUAAAAUUAUAACGCACUGUUUACUUUCCAGAAAGUGACAGGAACGACUUAUUGUACGACAAAAUAUUAUUGGGCACAUUUGGAUACUUAUGGGUGUAUAAUUUUUUUAUGCUUGUUUCUUUGACUUUUACAAUUGUUUAUCGUAAAUUUUAUUACUACAUGUUUGAUUAUCCCGAAAAAUUCAACAAAUAUUUCGAUAGAAAGACAAUUUGUAAGUCGGGGUCGAUGAAACCCAAAUUCUCGUACCGUUAUUGCAGAUUGCAAUAAAUCCAAUCAUCUCACGCAGUGAGCGUGUCUGUCUAUUCCGGGACAACUCCCUUGAGGAAAAAGAUUCCCCGUACGUUACGGUGCAAUUCAUUAAGCUCCAUUUACAACAUGGAAAUCCCUUUGUCGUAUGCCGUGUGGGUGUGAGUUUCAGGAAACGCUACUAGGUUAACAUACAUCGCACCCUGUCUGAGGCACGUUUCAUUUACGUUGAGCUUAACGCACUAGACGGAAGCGAUUAGUAUACACGUAUAAAAUCACCUACUAAAACUGAACUGUCCGUUUAACUUUGUGUUCACGCUUCAUCUGCCGCUUGCAGGUAACGGUUCUACCGGGGUGUAGAGAAGUUUUGCAGUUUCACAACACGUGCGGAAUCAAUUUGUUAGCUAUUUUGUUUUGUUCAAUAAAGCUAGCAAUCAUCUCUUUUUGCUCGCAUGUUUAGGGGACGAAAAGGACGUCAAAGUUGAAGCACAGACUAACAGACGUAACACUGGAACCUAGCUCCAUCGCCACAAAAAAACGAUCAUUUCAAAUUUCUAAUCGGAUAACUGUCAUCGCGCGACAACGCCGCUUGGGGCGCUGUCAUGCAAUCUCAUGCAUAUUUUGUGGUUCCCCAUUUGACACAUGCAGUAACGCUAGCGCUGAUGUCUAAAUACAUGACGCAGCGCGAACACGGCGGCAGAUGGUGCUAGUGUUACUAACGUAAAGUACUGGAAUCAUCCGAACGAUGAUUUUAUUGAAAAUUUGUUCGAAGUGUUAUGUCUGUUAGUCUGUGGUUGAAGUGUAAUCACGAACUUUUUUUUAUCGAAAGGACGUUGUGUAGAGAUCAUGUUAAGGUCUCUAAUUUAUUUCUAGUUUUCCUUCCAGCGAGCAAGCAAGCAAACCCUUACAGGUAGUUUCUAAUGAAGACACACAAAAAGUUCAAAAGUGAGAUUAAAUGUAAUUUUAGUAUAGGGGUGUGCAAGUCAGAACUGAUGAUGAUAUCAAUCACAAAUGUAUAUGAUAGAGAUUAUGGUGGAGCAGAGCUAACAACUACUGAAGCAUAUAUUUCAGGAAAAAAAUAGUUAAAUAGAAGAAUCAAAUAUGAAUGUGCUAAAAGAAAUCAGAUCUCCUAGUUUUAUGAUUAGGUAGCGUAAGGUCACACAUUUCUCUGAAUAAUCCACCUUCACUCCUAAAGGCGAUUGGUUGUUUUACGGCCUAAACAUUACGCGAUCAAACUCAUGAAUUCAAUCGCCUCUCAUCAGUCCCUUUCUUUGAAUGCCUUCGUGUGUUGUGUUGCUUUUGAACCGCUGCGAUAUGCAAUGUGUUGUGUUUUGUUCAGGUUCGCCUAGACGUGUAGUUAGUGGCACAAGGAGAUAAUUUAUCAUUGAAGUUCUACAUUUACUGCAUGGCUUGUUCAAUAAUUUACAUUUCUUCAUAUAUGAUAUUUCUAUCUAGUUAAUCUAACGAAUUUUUUAAAUAAGUAAUUCUUUUUUUAUAUAUUUUUUUGCAAAAUCAAUUAACUUUUGUAAUAAUAGGUAUGAACAAUCGCAAUCGCAAUUUGCUUUGUAUCAAAAUUGUUGCUACGGCUCUACACAAAUAAUCCGAAUUUAUAUAAGUAAAUACUUAGUGAAAACUUUUAUGAUUUAUAAUUUUCCCAUUCAUUUUUUGUUGCUGAUUCACAACUUUAAACUAUCUCACGAUAAAUUGUCUCUUCAUUGUGAAUGUUUGCUUCCUGCCCAAUUCAAUUUGAACACUCAACUUAGAUUGUGUACUCCUUAGGUUAAAUUCGAAAAAACAAUCGGAAAUAUUUUAUUUCCAUUCCAAAUGCAUGCAACUAGAUCGUACUUCUCUCGAUUAUUCCUUUUUUGAUUUCAAAUUAGAUCUCGUCAAAAAGUCGUAAAAUCUGCCCUCUCCAACCCGUAGACAGUAGAUUGUAGUGUAAAAGCAAAGAAACCGGAUUCAAAACGGAACACAGACACACAUUGAAAUAUUGCUCACUGUUGGUAGGAUUACCCGGAAACAGGUAAACGCUCCCCCACACCUCCUCGCCGAGUAGGGAGUAGUUGACCGUGUCCAUUUUCUUUGAAAAGGCAGUUUUAAAGUAGGAUUUAGGACCUAGAUGUUGGAAAUAAGCGAAUUCGAGUAGUCCAAUGUACCCCGCGGGAGUGGUGCGAACAAGUUACAGGAAGUAGAAUUUGGAGUGCAAUCUAGCUGAGGAGCGUGUAUCGAAAGCUUGUCGAUAACGAAUGGAUAGGGGGUGAACCGAAUUGCUGUUACUUUUAGUAAACAAAAUGCCCCGCCGGAACUAAGCAAAGCUGGAACUGUUAGGGCUUAGAAUUAAGAAACGGAUUGAUUGUUUAUAUGCAGGCCUGAUAUAGUUGAAAUGUAGUAUAAAUGUUUAAACUUUAGGUUCGAUGCAACUCAAUUCUCAGUUCGUCAUACGAUUGCGAUGGCAGUGAUGGCAGCAAAGUUUACAUGAAAUUUAUUGCAUGAUAGCUUGCAUGCGAUUUGGUUUUCCUUGGCUAGCUCUUGAGUCUGUAACGCUAGAAAGCUAUAAAAUCCAACGCAACGCUGCCUUCAACUGCUUCGUAACGAUGAGUAACGCUCAUUCUAGCUCGUGAAAUUGAAAUGAAUAGGUCAGUUUAAGUCUUGGCUCGGAAAACCAAAAGCGGGUGGUAUUCACCUCGCUACUAGACACGUACAAUUUUAUCUGUUUAUUUGUAACAUAGAAUGAUGUGUAGUAUAACACUGGAAUUCAUUGUUCAUUAACAUGAAAUCCCACAGGAUACACAGUCAAGCGGGAGCGUUUUGUAGCGAGAUUCUAGGUUAAAGAUUUAAAUUGUAACCGUUUCAGUACUAGUGCCCCCACAUAAAAAUGUUAAAUUUAAGAUAUAAAGUUAUGGUAGAUCACCAACAAACCGGUGAUACUGUCUGAGAACAUUUGAACUAAAUUUUGAUACAUGUUUUACACAAACCAACCUCCUGCUUGGGUGUCUAGCCUCUGGGAUUAAACGUUAAGCGAAUAUAAUUUGAAAUCGCAUGGGUAAAAUCAUUAUUAUUCUGACAAUAAUAAAAAUAAUAUAAAUGUAAAACUAUUAUCGUGAAGAACAGAUCUAUGAACCUAACCAUGUAAAUGCAAGUCGACAUAACGCAUAACAGAAGGUAUUCUAGUAAUGAAAAUCAUUGAUUGUUUACUGGUGUAUAAUUGUUCUUUUAUUGAGACAAAUUUUUAUAUACGGAAGCACAUCCAAAGCGUUACUUAGUUGAUGCUUGAUACAUUUAUGUUCGGUGAUUGAAUAACUGUUUGUCGCUAGCGAAGCGACAAAGCAAAAAAUAACUUUAUAAGUGCAUAGUCUACUGAAAGCGAUGUAAGUGUAACUGAAUAGUGAAACAGAAAAUAUCUUCUAAAAGCAAAGUAGUUUUGUAAUACUAUUAGAGGUAAGAUCGUAAAAAAUGCAUAAAUAGACCUAAGCAUAGUGUAUAACCAACGUUCGUACGGAAACUAGAAUCGCACGUAACACGUGCAACAUUCGAAGUACUUUAGUGUGGAAACAGGGCGAUUCGGAACGUAUGAAAACAGUUGGAAUUACAUAUUUAUUCAAAAGUCGAAACCGACAGCAGUUAAUUUUACCAGAUUGUAAACAGUACUGAAUCAUAACAACUAAACAGAAAAUGUGUCCAACUGUGUUCUUAUCUAGGCAAACAGUGCCUGUCGCCCUUACGAGAGAAGAUGAUCGGGAUAACGUAUAGUAUUUUAUAUCCAAAAACCAUUUAACAGUGAGAAACUAACAGAUAAAAAAACCAAUACACUGAAUCCAAAAGCAAAUGCAUUAUUUUCGUUCCAGAAACAGAGGCACUCCUAUAGCAUUCCCCCAUUCCAGCAUCGUUUAUUGAACCUAUAUAAGUGUUGACAUUCAUUAAAUCAGUAUAGAUAGUAAGACAAAAUACAACCAAAUAAACGCACAUUUUAAUGUAUCAUAUUGAACAAACUGAAAAUAAACAAAAUAUACAAAACCAAACUAUUGAAACAAUACCAACAGUCACAGUCAUGUCGAAUCGGCGCAAUGUGUGCACAACAAGAAAAAAAACAGAGGAGAUUUUAUGCAAACCAAAUCGAAACUUUUUCAAGUUAAACACAUUUGUAUACCUGCCGGAAACGAACAAAGUCCACGCACUUCAAACGACUAGAAUGCUGUAAUCGGGCUCACCCUAAUCAUAACGCUUUGAUACAGCGAGCCAGUCGAUGAAAUCGAGAGAAUCAAAUAUUUAUAACUAUAGAUGAAGAAAUAUUAUCACAUAGCGUAACAUGGAAGGUCAUAAACAGAGUUGAAUUAACCUUUUCUUUGGUGACGCAGUAGAACCGGAAGAGGGGAAAACAGCGUAACAGCGAAUGUUAGAUAGCAAGAGAAGAGUGAGGUAUCCGUGCAAGGAAGGAGCAAUAUUGUUAAGGAAGAGACUAAAUUUGACCACUUUACUACACUCGUAGAUGUAACUAAACACGAACAUUAUAAUACAGAAAACAAACCAAAAAAUCCGAUCGAAUAGAUAUCAGUCGGUUGUUAGUGAUUUAAUGCACGUAGAAUCAUCCAUUUAUUUGAUUUGAUGUUGGUGUUAUUUUUCCCACAAAUAGUGAUAGUUGAUUGUUUGAAGCAAGGUGUCACAUUUGCUAAAUGACUCAAAUAUUUUUUCAUAUCAAAGUUAUAACUGCAACUGUAAGUUUAUUUGGCGGUUUGGAUUUUUAGUAAUUUUUGGGGCACCCAAAAAAGAGUUAGCCAUAACAUUAGCUGAUAAUCUUCAGUCCGCUAACCGAAAAAUGUUGCAUUACUGCAACGUUAUCGAAAAUGACUUUGCGAUAUUAUUACUAGCAUGAGAUUGAAAAUUGAACAAAAAUGACAUAAACUGUCCCUUUGCUUGUUCCUAUUGUUGAAGUGACUACUUAUUUCUUACAGUUGCGAAAUGAUGAUUGAACUGUAAAUACAUCUUCCACUGCUAAUGCUGCUGCUAAAGUGAAACAUUAGCCUUUUUUAUGGCACUGGUGUAAACAUCAGAAAUGUUUAGAAAAGUGUUCAGCGUUUUGAUCAAUUUGGUUCAAUCAAUUAAUAUCCUAAAUUUUGAAGCGUCGUAUAGUAAAUUUGAUCAACUCAAAAAACUCGCUUUUCUCGUAUUCUGCGGUUUAUUUCUUUCGGCCAAUCGCCUGAAUGAAAGCGGGGUUAAAUCUGGAACUUGUGCAUUAGGGAUGGGCAAAACAGCUUUUUUCUAUGAACCGGUUUAUAUGAACGGCUCGUCAGUUGUUCGCCCAUCUUUAUUGUGCAUGACUAAGUCGGCGGAUAGCUCUAUCCAGCUUUCCACGGCGGUAAUGGCGGACAGUGCAAGCAGCCCAUUCUGACGUUUUCUGUAGGUCGUGUAGUUUUCAAUCGCAUUAAGCAUAGCAACUUUGAGAAACAGUUUUGUUGAUUUUGAUCCGCGUAUGGGCACUACGAAAUUUGAAUAAUAAAACGCUCAUUAUUUGUUGAAGUUGCUAUGCUACGUUACGACGUUGUUAAAUAUUAUACUCCCUUAAUGCGAUUGAAAAUUCCCUGACCUACACAAAACAUCAAAAUGGGCUGCUUACAUUGUCCGCCAUUACCGCUCGUGAAAAGCUGGAUAGUUGAAUAAAUAUUUUGCACGGUUAACAUGUCAAAGCUUAAGGGAGUUGUGAUGAAACAUACGAAGUGCGAUAUUGCAUAAACGCUCAAAAAGCAGUUUGGGGUGGAUGUGACUACGAGGGGCCCAAGCGACUACUUGCCUACUUCCAUCGGCCCUGAAGGUAGCCAAACUAAUGGUUGAAUAGUUGGUAUGUCUUUUGUACAUAUUACAGCAGCCCGAUGUUUGCUUCAGGUAAUUCAAAAGAGGGCACCUGUGAAAGGCCCGAUUGGAGCUAAGCAUUGAGCUGGUUCAGGCCGUGAAGCAAAAGACUGCGAGGAGCCUCUCAACUGUUUGGUAUGUACUGAGAAAUAGGAUGCUAAACAAUUCAUGGAAGGCCCUAGAUACCCAGCCGCCAAGCCGGCCGCGAAACCACAGAGCCAUUGAUACGCGGCUUGGCAGCAGCUAUACCAACAGUCUCUGAGUCGCUAUCGGACGUUGUCAUCAUAUUGGAUCCCUACCGCAUCCCCCCGGGAAUCGGUAACUGGCUUGCGUAUAAAUUCAAUAUGGCAGCCAUAUGGACGAGUAGGUUCCCGGUUCAGGAAGUUGUGUCAAUCUCAAACAAAGGAUAUGCGAUGGCCAAUGUGUUUUCUCCUGCAGUUGUUAUGAUCCGCCACGUUGGUCUACCGAAAGGUUCAUUCAGAUGGUCGACCUGGUAAUUAUGGAGCUGACGGGAGGAUGCAACACGCGCGAGUCGAUAAACUUAGGGCAUAAUGUUCUGCAGUAUUCGGAUCUACAAAAUAGGCUCUUAAAAGUGCGAUAAACGCGAGCAAACGGGCUUUCGAGAGACUAUGUGCGAGCGUCAAUACGAACCUGUCUGGUAUGGUCUACAGUAUCGCAAUGGACAAGACCACGCCACGUGCCAAGUGCUUGGCCUCCGGCUGUCGAAUCUCACAUCGGACGUUCCAGUAUUUCAUACACUAAUCAGGGAUGGUCGGCCAACUUACCGGAUAUCCAAGUCUUGAGCAAUGAAAGUCGUAAGUCGAAUGUACCGAAGCUGAGGAAGAGGCAAGUGUAACGGAUGAGGAAGUCAUCGUGAUCGCCAACUUCCUAAAGUUGAGUGAGGCACCGCGACCAAACGGAAUCCCGUACUUCAUCAAUACAUCUGAAAUACUCCUUCGGUGUAAUAAACCAAUCAUGAAAGUUGUCUGUAUUGUUCAUUUCGACGCAUGGUAGUUUUGUCAAAAAAUCGCAAUACAAUUUACGAGCACGAGUUUUUGCAGUCAAAUUCUGCUUAUCGUCGCGGUUGGACUUGACUUUGUAGGAUAUCAAACCUGUUUUCUCCUGCAGUUGUUAUGAUCCGCCACGUUGGUCUACCGAAAGGUUCAUUCAGAUGGUCGACCUGGUAAUUAUGGAGCUGACGGGAGGAUGCAACACGCGCGAGUCGAUAAACUUAGGGCAUAAUGUUCUGCAGUAUUCGGAUCUACAAAAUAGGCUCUUAAAAGUGCGAUAAACGCGAGCAAACGGGCUUUCGAGAGACUAUGUGCGAGCGUCAAUACGAACCUGUCUGGUAUGGUCUACAGUAUCGCAAUGGACAAGACCACGCCACGUGCCAAGUGCUUGGCCUCCGGCUGUCGAAUCUCACAUCGGACGUUCCAGUAUUUCAUACACUAAUCAGGGAUGGUCGGCCAACUUACCGGAUAUCCAAGUCUUGAGCAAUGAAAGUCGUAAGUCGAAUGUACCGAAGCUGAGGAAGAGGCAAGUGUAACGGAUGAGGAAGUCAUCGUGAUCGCCAACUUCCUAAAGUUGAGUGAGGCACCGCGACCAAACGGAAUCCCGUACUUCAUCAAUACAUCUGAAAUACUCCUUCGGUGUAAUAAACCAAUCAUGAAAGUUGUCUGUAUUGUUCAUUUCGACGCAUGGUAGUUUUGUCAAAAAAUCGCAAUACAAUUUACGAGCACGAGUUUUUGCAGUCAAAUUCUGCUUAUCGUCGCGGUUGGACUUGACUUUGUAGGAUAUCAAACCGGAGCCCUUCAUUGAUUCCUGAACGAAUAUUAGUAACUUUCCUACUUUUCGAGCCACAGCUCGGAUAGAGAGGUUCGGAUUCCUCUCAAAAAUCUUCUUAGCCUUUCUGUCCUUAGAACCAUCCACAUGACCAAUAUUUUUGCCACUUCUUGGUUUGCUCUCGACACUCAAACGUUCAAAAAGCCUGUUCAAUACAUUAUGGAUUAAGAGUUUUUUGUUCGUCGACAUUCUGAGCACUAUUUACGAAAUGUCACAACAAGUAGGCGAUGCCAUGUUUAGGCGAAAAGAGUAGCUCAUAUUGCAAGAAUCAGGUACACUGAUUUGAAGGUGUUCGGUUUAUUACGAAUACAUCCUUAUUGCCAAAAACUGACAUACCGCUAGGGGACGCAUCAGCAUAUAGACAUAUCUGCUUGCUGGACACUGCCUUGAGGUGCUUGAGAGUAUUAUCCUUAACAAAUUGAUGCAGUACUCAGAGAGUGUCAACAAUCUGGCAAGCAGCCAGUUCGGAUUUCGGAAAGGUAGGUCAACGCUGGAUGUGACUCUAUCUAAGAAAGAGCAAUCGCUGUUGCGCGAAUGCGUUCAAUAGCGCCAGCCGGGACUUCGUAGCGCUCACGCUUAGGAACAUCCACAUAGCUAAAGCUAAAAUUCCUUCCAGUAUCGAGUACUAGUUUACAACACGGAUGAGGGUUGGAAGUGUGUCCCGAUCACCGCCGGAGUUGAUUUGAGAGGUCGAGUUGACGGUCGCGCAUUGCAUACGGAAGGUAGAGAACUGGAUGCACUCCAGGAAACUGAAGUUAGCAUAGACGGAGAUCACAAUCGUGAAUAACCGUGAAUCAGAACAACAGGCGUUGGUAAGAGUCGAAGACUGCACCACAGACUAACAGACGUAACACUGGAGUCUAGCUCCA